AUGUCGACACAGGUCGCUGCCUACACUCAUCCUGUCAAAACUUGUGCUCCCAAACAAGCACAACUCCUCUGUCGCAGCCACACCACAGCACCACACACCACAGCACCACACACCACAGCACCACACACCACCACAACAACGAAGCUGUCGACAACUGUGUCUGUCUCCACCACUCCCCAACCCUUCGGCUGCUUGUUUAAACCAGACUGUGAGGGUAAACCCUUGGGAUACCUGGAGCCAGACCCAGACAACUGUUUAAAAUAUUACUUUUGUUUGGGAGACGGGUCCAUGGUGAGCGACUCUCUGGCGUGUUCACAAGGGGACUACUUCAACCCCUUCAGGCAUGACUGUGAGAAGAUCGUGGACGACAGUUACGCCUGUCUUCCCCCUUGUGACGGCAUCUGUCCUUACAGCUGUAAUGACAAUGAUCGCAUCUUCGACCCUGAAGACUGUUCUAGUUUCUACUUCUGUUUACAAGGAACCUAUUACCACAUGAGCUGCCCUGCCAACACUCCAUACUUCAACGGCACUCAGUGUACACCUGACCAAGGCUCUUGUUGUUCAUACCCGUGUCCGCCCUACUGUCCCUACGCUGGCAAGUGGGUGCCGGACGGUAACAACUGCCACAGGUUCUACAUCUGUCUAGACAUUGGCACCCCGACCCCCGACACCCUGCUCACCUGCCCCGAUAAUGGCGUCUUUGAUUACAAAUUGGGCGAGUGUUCCUCUACUGCCAAGUGUGUGACCCUGUGUGACCUCCACCACUGACCUCCAUCACUGACCUCCAUCACUGACCUCCACCACUGAUCUCCAUCACUGACCUCCAUCACUGACCUCCAUCACUGACCUCCAUCACUGACCUCCAUCACUGACCUCCAUCACUGACCUCCAUCACUGACCUCCACCACUGACCUCCAUCACUGACCUCCACCACUGAUCUCUC